CGCGGUCGGGUGAUAGUCCCUUGCUGACGUCACACGGUUUGGGCGGCUGGCUGGCGAUGGGUCAGCUGCGCGGCCUGCAGCCUCAAUUGCAGCUGGCGAUGGACUUCAGGGCGGUCGUGGUGUCGGCGGCGCUGCUGGUCGCCGUCUCUGUUCAGGGACUUCAACAACCCAGGGUGUACAAACUGCAUGUGUCGUCCGAGAUCCGCAACCGUUAUGCUAAAACGCUUAUUACCAGCAGGAUUGGCAACCCUGCAAAUCAAGCACAAGAAGUAUCUUUCGACGCUGUGCUGCCUGAGAACGCCUUUAUUUCCCUCUUCGUUAUAGAGAUGGACGGCGUGGCGUAUGAGGCGUUCGUGCGAGGCAAAGAGGAGGCCCGCCAGCAGUACCAGGCAGCGGUGGCGGAAGGGCGAGGCGCGGCACACGUCGCUCUCAGUGCACGCGAUUCCAAAGUGGUACACGUGUUGGUGAAUGUUGAGGCGCAGAAAAAAGUAACCUUCAACCUGACGUAUGAGGAGCUGUUGCAGAGAGAAACAGGCGCCUACAACCUCCGCAUCAACAUCAAUCCUCGACAGCUAGUAGAUGAUCUGGCGGUUGAGGUGCAUAUAGAGGAGAAAGCGCCUCUGCGUCUGGUGGAGGUGCCCACACUCCGGCAGAGCAACGAGGUCCUGGAGUCGCUGAACAAUGAUUCGGACCCCCUGGCGCGCAUCGAGCGACCCACGCCUUCGUCUGCCUUCGUGCGCUGGUCGCCCACCGAGGAGGAGCAGCAGCAGCGGAGCAAGGAGGGCAUCUCCGGUCAGCUGGUGGUGCGCUACGACGUGGACCGCGACGCCAGCCCCAGCCAGAUACUCGUGAGCGAGGACGGCUACUUCGUGCACUUCUACGCGCCUCCCGGCCUGCCGCCGCUGCCCAAACACGUCGUCUUCGUGCUCGACGUCAGCGGCUCCAUGCACGGCCGCAAGAUCGAGCAGCUCAAGACGGGCAUGCACACCAUCCUGGACGAGCUCAACGAGGGUGAUGUCUUCUCCCUGAUCCCAUUUUCUAAUGAAGUCCAGGUAUGGCAUCCAGAUGUGACGCUCACAUUUGAAGCUACGUCCCAGGAGAUUCUGGACCCCGUGUUCACCUCCAGUGCUAUCGUCGAAGCCACGAGUGAGAACAUCGCCAAGGCCAAAAGCUGCAUUGACUCCUUUGAAGCGAAUGGGGCCACGUACAUGUUCAACGCAUUGAAGACGGCGCUGCGAGUGUUGGAAGCGAGGUCGACCAGCGGGGGCGGCAGCUCGACGUCAGGCCGACUUCGGCACGCGCCCAUGCUGCUGCUGCUGACGGACGGCGUGCCGAAUGGCAGGGUGAGGAUCGGGGACAAUUUCGUGGACCGCAUCACCGAGUGCAACUCGAAGACCAAGGCCGCGAUCUUCACGCUGGCCUUCGGCACCGGCGCCGACUACGGCUUCCUGCGCCGCCUCGCAGUGCGCAACAGCGGCGUUGGCCGCAGGAUCUACGAGGCCGCCGACGCCCACCUGCAGCUGCGAAACUUCUACCGCCAGAUCGCCUCGCCGCUGCUCACAGACGUCACGUUCAACUACGACGGCGAGCAGGUAGGCUUGCGCACUCUCUGCGGACGUUUCGUCACUAUUGUUACUCAGGUUGUAAGGCUGUUGGAAGGACGCACUGACGAAGGUGAAGUUCUCGACCCUGUUCGACGACGGGGAGUUGGUGGUGGCGGGCCGCCUGCCCCCUGGGCCAGACGGCUGAUCUGUGUCGUUUUGAGCACGUCCCGUAACACGACGGACCGCGUACCAGAGCCAGCUGCCGUCAACGUGGCUUCAGCAGAGAGGCUGUGGGCCUACCUGACGGUGCGCCAGCUGCUGGACCAGGACGCCGCCACACCCAUCGAAACUCCGCACCAGGGCCAAGGACAUCGCUCUCAGGUACUCCUACGUGACACCUGUUACGUCACUGUUGGUAGUCAAGCCAAACGCUACGUCUGCAGUCAACCUCGAUGGAUCUGCUGCCCCAAGACUAGCAUCACUGCCUCUAGGGUUCCACCAUAUACGCGGACGUCACAGGAUGUCGUCAUCGAGGCUGAGACCAAGACCCUCAUGGCUGCGACCACCACGCAGGCGUAUGUCAACCAAGGAAGCCACAACAGUGCACAGUCCUCAGGCAGUUGAAGUCACAACAGAGGCACUCCCUACUCUGGCUGAUAUAUCGUGGCUGGGCCCAUUGCGGAACGGACCUCAGGUCACACUGAAUAUUAACGGCACCGACCAACACUUCCAGCUCGCUCUCAGCCAGACGGAGGGCAGCUUCCAGAACUGC